CAGACUCGCGGCUCAAAGCGUGCGACUCUCCUCUCAUUCGCGUUUCAACCUUCUGCACAAACGGAGUGGCGCUCGAAAUCGAGGAUACGAAAGCGAACGCUCCCAGGCACAAAAACACCAUACCAACACAACCAGCACCCCGGCAUGGGAAGUUUCAAAUUUGUGUAUCGCGUCGUCUGAUAAGCUGCUCCGUAAGCGAUUUUUAUUUUCGGUGGCCCAAGUGGAGGCAGUGCGGCAGUGCCCGCUUCCAGAGGCAAAACAAUGCUCGUAACUGGCGCGUAAUUAACACACAAAAGCUAAAAACCCAAAAAAAAAAGGCCAAAAACAAGCAGUAAGGCGAAUUUGUUUGCCAAAAGUGUUUCAUGUGCGUGAGUGUAAAACAGUGCCUGCAUAAGACACUGAGUGCGGAAAUGGAAAUGGCCAAAGGCCGCUCCCGAUUCACAAGCAAACUACACACACCGCCCAUCGGCGACAGCAGCAACAUGGCAAGUGAAGUGCCAGCAGCAACAACAUCGCCAGCAGAAUGCAACACCAGCAACGGCGACAACAACAGCCAGGAGAGCAGUCCCAAUCCCGCCCAGCAGCAGCUGAACUCCAGCGUGGACAGCGGGAUUGCGGUGCUCGAGACGGAGUCCCCCACCAUGAGGAGGCGCCAGCGACUGCACCAGUGCCAGAGGAUCCUCCAGGUGUUGCAGCGGGACCAGCUCACCCACCAGCAGCUGCGCGAUAGAUUAAGCAAACUAGCGAAUAAGAAGUGGAGGAAGGAGGAGUCUAGCGAGGAUCACGCCUGCAACGUCUGCUGUGCGGACCUGGAUCUGGGCAGUGCCAAAAACUACGUGACAUGUUGCACCUGCGGAAAAUCGGUUUGCCGCGGGCCCAAGUGCUCUGACUGGCGGCCCAAAGACGCCAAGUGGGAGUGCCAGCUAUGCCAAAGCUCCAAGGAGUCGCUCGCCCACACCUCCUCGUGGGUAGCCGAGCAAAUGUCCUUCAACCGCCACAAGUUUGUCUAUCCGAUGAGGGCCAGGAGUGAGGUGUACAUACCGAUUGUGCCCGAUGGCAACGACAGCAGCAUUCAAUUCGAAAGCGUUAGCCAGAUUGGUCAUACCGCCCACAUGGACGAACGGGCCAAGAUCAGGGAGUACGUGGAGCAGAUUGUGGCCGAAAUGCUGGGCGACAAUUUGGAUCACGUCAAAGUGGGGCAGCUGUCCAAAAGUGAGAACUACUUGCAACUCUUUGAUAAGUUCCAUGCGAAGCUGAGUAACCUGCUUAUCAAUUUGGAAAACAGUUUGUUCGCGCUUGCGCUCAGGGGAGAUCUUCCGGCCAUCGUAAAUGGCCAUAGCAACAAUAAUAAUAAUAACAACAAUGCCGAUACCGAGCUGGCGGACCUUUCGCAGACCCGACUACGCAGUCUCAUCGAGACGAUCAUAGCGGAGACCUUGCGGAGCUCCUCCCUCAGCGUCAGCGGAGCCGUCUCGGAGAUCAGCCUGGACACCAGAUCCCACGUGUCCGAGCUGGCCAACGGAAACGGGCUGAAGCGGCGCCAUCGCACCGAGCACUACUUCGAGCCGAAGAUCUAUCAGGAUCUGCUGGCCACAGCGGUGCUAAAUAAGAUUGCGGAUAAGGAAGGGAAUACAAGGCUGGUGGCGGAGAGUACUCCGGACUUGAGUGGUCGCCACAUUGACGAGAAUUUCAAUGCCGAAGCGCUGAGCACCACGUCCGGAAGCUCCAUUGAACCACGAAGUGAUUGCAGCCUCACCGAUCAUGAAAUCGGACUGGAUAAUGGCAAAUCCCAAUCCCUGCAAGCGGACUUGGAAAGGGAAUCUGUCCUUAGUGAUUAUAUAGCCGCACACAUGGUGCCACUGCCAGACUUUUCAGCAUCCGUGACCGAAUCCGAGGAUGAUAUUGGAUCCAUCACCUCGGGCAUGAUCGGUGAUGGAAACUGGGAGGACAACUGGCUGUUCAAGAAGAAACGUAGCUCGGCGACUCAGAGCAGCGUUGGCAUGCUAGUGCCGGCACCAAGGGAGAAUGUACGUGCCCAGAUUGGGGACAAGACCACCGAUGAGGUGAGCGAUCUCUCGGAGAUCGGUUCGGACAUCGAGGAGAGCUCUCUGGAUCUCCUGCGAUGCAACGAUCUCAACGAUCGUCUCCUGAGCCAGCACCUGAUUGGUGGCCAAAACACUAAGCUGGUCCUAGACGAGCUCGUCGAUCGCACCAGUCUCACCUCACACACAUUGCUGGAAGAGAAUGAGCCCGCAUUCACAGAGACAACCAAUGAGUUCGUGGUGUCCCCGAUGGCAGUGCCUUCCGAUAUUAAGGCGCCAUCUCCGGCGCCACCUCCUCCACCAAUGAUAUUCCAGGACGACUUGUUGAACGAGGAGCCAGACCACACUCCCAUUGCAGCCCAAGGCGAAUCCGAGGAGCUGGCCAGCCUCGAUGGCUGUACUGGCUUUAGCACAGUCGAGUACAUCGAUGAAGGACAGAUGCACGAAACUGUGCCAUCGGUGAUUGAGAUCUUGGCGGCCAUGGCGCUGGGACCUAUGCUAGCUGUUCCAGCAUCUGAACAGCCUGGUGGCAUGACACCCAGUGAGAUGCACACCCUCAAAGAACUGAGUGACUUGGCCCUCGCCGAGAUCAACGCUCGCACAGUGGACCUGGUGCACGCCCACUCACUGGACAUAAUUGAAGAGGAGAACACAGAGCCUUCAGAAGCUGGCCCAGAGCAGCACUUUGAAUUGGUCCAACAGCCACCGCUCGAAGAGAUUACCGACCAAAUAUCCCCAGAAGAGCAGGAGUGCCUUGUUCAAUUGGAUGUGCUACCACCUCCUCCACAAUCAAAGCUUAUAUCUGAGAUUGAACCGCCGCCGCCAAUGGAACUGGUCGAAGAUACUGAUUCUCUGUAUCCUGCAGAAGUUGUCCCCGAACUAGCGCCUGUAGAAAUUCGUCCAGAGAUGAAAACCGAUGAUGUUACUGCUCUGAAGUCCGUGCAAAUUGUCCCAGAAAUAACAUCUACUUUGGAUAUUGUCUCAGAAGAGCAAUCUUACGUGGAAGCAAUAAUAACAGCUCCAACAACAGAAUCUGAAGUUGUCCAUGUGGAAACUGGUCCAGAAAUCCCAGUGCCCUUUGAAAUCAUCCCAAAUACCGUCGUAAUUGCUUAUUCUGAGCUUCACUCCUUGGAUCUACCAGAAGUAAUACAUUUGGAUUCGCUGAUCUUGGAGCCGCCAGAUCCAUUGGAAAGCGAUCCUGAAACUGUGACAACUCAAGAACAUCGAUCUGAGGACCUACCAUCACCUAUGAAGCUCAAUCACAGCCUUGAAACCGGUUUCGUCAUAGGGGAUUCAACAGAAAACGUGUCAGAACAAAUUCCAGAUAUGACGUCAGAGCCCAUAGCAGCGGCACAACCUGAGCCUAGUCCCAUACCUGUCCCAGUAGACAGUGGUACACAAUUGGAUAACCUAGGAACUAUUGAAGUUGAAUCCCUUAAGACAUCUGUCCCAAUGGAAACCGUUUCAGAACCUAAAAUAGUGGACCCCCAAUUGCCUGUGGAAGCUGAUGACCUGACUCAAUCUACUUCUGUGAACUCACCAGAGCCAUUGAAAAUUGGUUCAGAGACUCAUCCUUCAUUAAUGCAAAUAGACUCUGAGCCUCAAAAUAUUGCAAUCGAUUCAUCACCACCCUUAGAAGUGUCAGAACCCGUGAAAUCAACUCCUUUAGGAGGUGCUACAGUGGAUUCACUACAAUCUGAGCAAUCGGAGCUACCACCGCCUGUGGAAAAUGCUGUCUCUGAAGGGAUUCUUAGAGAGGCAACAUCUGGCGAUGCGAAUGGCUCUGAAGCUGUUGAUGUCAUAAUAGGAACAGACUCUAUCGCAGGAAAGCAGCCGCAAACUGAUGAAACUGCUAACCCUUCAGCUUUUGUGAAAGAAAUUUCAGAAAAUCAACCAGUUGCAUUAGAUGUCAAUGUUUCAGAACCGCAAUCCAUUUCAGAAGAAGGCAUAUCGACAAUUGAAACGAUAAGUCUACCAUAUCCUUCCGAUGUUAACGUGGUGACUUCAGUGUCUUCAGGACUUACAGAACCUGCCCCAGUUGAACCAUCAGAGCCCGUCAAUAUCGAUCCGCAAGUACACAAUGUCCCAGUUAAUUCACCUGAGAGCCGUGAAUCAGUUCCUGAAUCUUCAACUCUUCCUGUGAAUCCGAAACUCAAAAAUAACCCGACAAUUGAGCUUCAAAAUGAUUUAGUCACAACGUCGCAAUUGAUUCCAGAGUCUGAAUCUUGUGCAAUUAAUCCCCAAGCAUCACAGCCUGUUGCAGUGGAUCCCUUACCGGUUGUAGAAGAUGUUACGGACGUAGUUGCUUUGGAACCCCCAUCGCUUGUGGGAACAGACCCAGAAACGCAAACCAUGGCAAUAGAAAGCCUUGAUCCUAUAGAAACGAUACCAGAACCAGAAUCUAUUAUCAUAGAAAAACUUGCACCUAUCGGAAGAUCAGCUGAAGCGGAUUCCAUCGAUGUGGAAAACCAAAUUAGUCCGGAAAAUCAUAUUGAGCAGCAAACCAUGUCAGAACCACAACAGACAGUUCCAAUGGAUGCUAUACAGCCUAUCGAAAUCGUUCAAGAAACACCAUGCAACACCUCAGAUUUGAUGGCCACCACUGAAGCUGUCGAUGUGGAACACUCAGAGCCUGGCGAAGAUGCUUUCUUAGCUGUGAAAGAAGGACUCGAAUCCGAUCUGCAUAAGUCGGAUUCACACGUGAUAGAACCACUAUCCGUGCCAUUACCAUUAGAAUUAUCUGAACCGGCGGAGGCGGUUGAUAUAGGCGCCCCCCUAGUAUCUGUAGUAUCGCAGACUCAAUCUGAACCUUCUGAGGCAGUUAUUCCAUCUGCCACUUUGUUGGAUAUCCAAUCACAAUCACUGGAACAACCAGUGCACGUGGUAAAUGCGGCUCAAACGGAAAUUAAGGAAAUAGUAUCCCCUGCACCUGUGGAGAUUGUUUCUACCACAACAGAAGAUUUCCCCCAAGCUGAAUACGUAGUGGAAUCCGAUAACCCUAUCCCAGCAGCAGAAGAAGUGCAAACCAUGGUCGAUUCAACAGCAGAUCUACAGAUUACACCUAUUGAAGAACGCCCCCAACCUUCGGAAACCUAUUCUGAGCAUGCGGAUAAAGAAACCCCCGAGUCAGUGGAAAUGGGUUUGAGCACACAAAAUGAAGCUGUCCAAAUAACAACGUCGGUUGAAGUAACUUCUACGGCUACCGAUGAAGCAACCACAGAACCUCCCAAAAUACAUUAUGAAACUGCACCCCCUGCAGCAGAAGAAAGAGAAGCAAACGAAGCUGUAGAGAUGCUAUCGGUCACUGCUGACACCACUCUCCCAGAAGCCACUAUUCCACAAGAUACUGUUGAAGCCCUUGAACCGCCCACAUCAAUAGAGGUUAAAUCAGAGGUAAAUGGCGACACGGGAUCUAAAGGAAAUGUAGAGGUCGCUGAACCACAAUCUAAAGAAGAUGAAAUACUUAUGGAGCCCAUCUCAAUGGAUGUUACAGAACUGGUGGAUCCUAUUCAAGAACCGAAAUUAACUUUAGGUGAAAAUCCACCAGAUACAGAAUCUUCAGAGAGAGAUUCACAAAAAAAUACUGAUCCAGUGGAUUUGCAAGAAGAUAAUACGGAAGCCGAAGAAAAAGUGGAUACGUUAUCGACUACAGAAGUUGUUCCAGACAUAAUUGUCCUGAACCCCCCAUUGCUUGUGGAACCUAGCCCAGAAAUACAAGCAAUGACAACAGUUCCUUUGGAAUCAGAAUUAAUCGCAAUAGAACAACCAGUACCUGCAAAAAAUCAAGAGUCUAUCGUUGUGGACAGUCAGCCUGUAGUAAUUGAUACCCCAGCUUCUGCAGAAGUCCUUUUCGAAAAUGAAGUGGCACCAACCCCGCAACAGAUUCCAGAGAACAAAUCCGAAUCAGUUGCAAUGGAACCAAUUACACCUGCAGAUGUUGAGUCUGAGCCGGAUUCUCGAGCUGUGGAACCAUUAACUUCUACUCAAGCCACGCCAGUUGAAGUAACAGCUUCUGAACCAUUCGAUACCGUUGUUAAACCAGUUGCAGAAGCUCAAACGCCAACUAUAGAAAAUACAACGCCGAAGGAAAUAACACAAACUGUCGCAUUGGAUUCAACUGAAUCUUUGGAAACUAACCUAGAUACCGAGAUUGUUUCUGAGGACCUUAUCCAAGUUGAUCCAAAGGAACUAUCUGCUCAUGUUGAACCCGUUUCUCAAAUCGAAGCUAGCUCUGGGGAUCCACAAGAACCAGCAAAAGAGACGAAACAAGUCGAAGAUAUUUUAGUCGUUCAGGCAACCCUUACUCAAGUUUCAGUGACUGAUUCAGUCGCAGUGAAUCCAUCUGUUCCUGUCGAGCAAAGCGAAGAUUCGAUAGGAGACCCACCAGAAAGUGCACAGAAUGUGUCAGAUGUUGUACCUGUUAUAGAGAAUCAUCCGGCGUCUGCGGAAACUUCUGUGACUGAUUCUGUCGCUGUGGAACUAAAUGAUCCUGUAGAGCGAACCACAAAUCUCUCAGGAAACACAGAUUUUGUGGCAGAUACUGAAUCAUCAGGCGCAGAUAAUGAAAUCGGUGUGGACCCAAACAAUCCUGCAGAAUUUGAGCCAGUGAAUGUAAUCCCGGAAACCAAUCAACUGGAAAUAGAAACUUUAGAGUUAAAGGAGGAGUUAACAAUGGAAGAAUUAACGACCAUCGAUGGAAAACCAUCAGCAGUUCUGGAGCCCUUAGUGUCCGUAAACACGGUUUACCAAGAGGAAUCAACCAAUCUGAGUACACUACAAGAAAAUGUUGUUCCCCAAGAAGAAUCCGUUUCUAAAUCGAAACCUAUUCCAGAAACUGAAACUGUGGACGUAGUAGAGGUGAAACCAGUUGCCGUGGGAACUUCAGCGGAGGAGAAGUCGCUUGAAAAUGAGAAAAUGGUUUUGAAUGUGGAGAGCACCAAUGGGGAACCCUUGCCAGCUGCUGAGUCCGUCAUUUUGGAGCCAGUAUUGGGCGAAGAACCUAUUUCCGUACCGGAAUAUACCAGUGUGGAUUCCGGUAACUUUGUUCCUCAACUAGACUCAGUACCUUUGUCGGCACCAGCCGCGGUGACAAUUCCAAAAGAACCAAAGGAUUUGGAGCUGCGAGCUUGUGAGGAGCUUAUUCCAGAAUCAGUAUCAUGCACUGAUGAUUUACCAGAUCCUGCACAAGGUCUUUUACAAGAAGCUCCUGUCGAUAUGGAAACCCUAUCGGGCAUUCCAAUGGUUCCUGAUGAAUAUGUCCAUGAGUUUGAACCCUCUCCUGUGGAAAUCGUUCUACAACAUGCAGAUGCAAUCACCAUAGCUCCUGUGGAACCUAAUACGAAACCAGAAACGGAAAGCCCAUCGCCUAUGGGUGCAAUAAGUACUCCAGAUCUACAAGUUGUGGCAUCGGUACCUCUAGAUUCAGUUCCUGCUGCACCAGUAAUGCCAAUGGAAUUUGUUUCUAAUAAGGAACAUCUGAAAGAGGAAACCAAGGAUGAGAGGGCAACCCCAGUGAGUUUGGGCCACGUGGGGCAAAAGCAGAGUAACGCUAAUGAAGAACCGCCACAUGAUGAAGAUAAUUCAAAGAGGGAUGAUGGAAUAUUAAACGAUGAAGAGGAACCAGUUUCUGAGCCACAAAAGGAUGAAGUAGUCGAGGUGAAGCCAAUUGUUGAAACUCCGGUUGAUGAAGAAUCCAAGACCAUUACAACUGCGAUUUCGAACUUAUCAAGUGAUGUCCAACUAGCCUGUAUAGACCAAGAAUUACAGGAAAUCGCAUUGGAUCCUGCCACAGAAGGUUCCAUUGCGGAGCGCGAGGUGAAGAAGUGGUACAACGCCGUUGAGAUGCCAAAUAAUCCGUACUCCCCGGAGGCCCUGAAGCAGCGCAUCAGUGGCACCCAGGAGCGCUACAUGGAUGUGCCCAACAUCAGUCCGAGUGCUGAGCAAAAGGCACUGGCAUCCGCGCUGACGGAAAAUCCCGAUCCUCCAGCGCCAAAAACGGAUUACAAACGCUAUAGCCGCGACUACUACAUCAACAAUGCUCCCACAGCCACGGACAGCACGGGUGGUGUAAAGGCCGCUACGUCCAGCGCACUUGAGGAGGUGGAGGACAUCGUGAUCAACGAGGCUCAAAAGGCAAACAAACCCGCCACUGAGCAGGACCCGCCGCAGGAAUCGGUGUACAAAGCCACGCCAGUCCAAGUCCUGGACGAGUCCCUGGACUCGCAAUCGAAUCCCUCGCUGUACUCCCUGCAGACUACGACCACAAACACAAGCGAUGAAUCCAAUACGGUUCGCAUAUACGACUUUAACAAGCAGGAAACAACAGUUAUCAGAGCAGCUCCAGCGGGUCAGCAGCCAAGCGACUCAACCACUUCAUCCAUGGAGUCCGCCCAGAGUGCUUUACCUUCGGCAUCUUCAUCUAAUGACUCAACAGGGUCCAAUAAGCGAGAGCGUCCUGUGGUUCUUCAGUUCGGUCCAGCCGAUUCGGUGCCCACAAUAGGAUCACCUGCUAGUACACCCACGCGGGGAUCUACUCCUCCUGCUUUUAGAUUCUUGCAGCCCAAACGUCGCCUCAUCGAUCCCAGUCAGGUGCUAUCCGUCGACGAGGAUGAUGUGCCUGAAACAACGACUCCCUCGGCUGAAAAGCCCGUCAUCGAAGAUGAGGUGGCUCAUUCCAUGCCAUCUGUUAAGGCUCUGGCGCAGGCGUUCCUCCUGACCAGCAAGCACACACAACCCCAACGAAGAUGGCGGGCCAAGGUUAGAAUAGCAGCCCCGCCAGAGACACCAGAUAAGCCAAACACGUCACUGGCCAAGCGGCACAAACUGGAGCACGCCGUCUCCAUGGCGGAAGUAGCCGAUGAGUCUACGAUCGCCUCCGACUUAUCAUCACUCGAAACGGAUCCUUCCAUCCAUUCCGAGACCAAUCCACCUGUAGCCUCUCCGGCGAGUCCUGUGCCUGUUCGUCACGGCUUCCUCCGGAGCAAUAUUGCUUUCUUUGAGAAUUUAAAGUUCAAGUGAAUAUGCGACUGCAGUUUUGAUGGUGUGCGACCAUUGGUUGAUCUUCCCGUUGGGGAAAAUGCACGACAAUGGCAAAGCACCCGGCCUAUUAUCCAAACCAAAUCCUCGCCAAAUACCAUGUGCCAUGGCCUCCAUUUCCCAGUCGAAACAUCACGGAAACAAAGUACUUAACAUACAUUGGCCGUUAGCAUGCGCCAUUGUUAAUUCUAGUUCGUAUUUACUAUUACAUGAUUAUUUUAUCCGUGGAUACUAUUUAUUUAGCUCUAAGAUAUGUAUUAUGUACUUUUUAGGUGUAAGAGAAACUAUUCCCAAAUUCAGCUGAAUGUUUCCCUUUACCCGAACAAGUUAAAAUGUUACAUAAUUGUACUCAAUAAAACAUAUAGAAAAU